GUGCGAGUGCGCAUCGAAAGCGGGUUGCUGACGUAGUGUGCAUGCGUGUCCCGUGGACGUAAGAUCGACAACAGAUCCUUUACAAAGCAGCAGGAACAGGAGGUUGGCUGUCGGUCUGUAGUUGGAGGAAACCACGUUAUCUUGUGAAUGUGACUUUUUUGGGGAGUGAGAAUGAAGAUCGCAGUGGGCUGCUGCCACGGCGAACUAGACAAAAUCUAUGAGACGCUCGGUUAUCUGCAGAAGAAGGAGGGGGUGAUGGACCUCCUGCUUUGCUGUGGGGACUUCAAGCGUUGCGAAAUUGAAGGCGACAUGAAGUGCAUGGCUGUACCAGUAAAGUACAGAAUGAUGCAGACCUUCUACAAGUAUUAUUCUGGGGAAAAGAAAGCUCCAGUACUGACCAUCUUUAUUGGAGGGAACCAUGAGGCAUCCAAUCACCUGCAAGAACUGCCUUAUGGAGGCUGGGUGGCUCCCAACAUUUAUUAUUUGGGUUAUGCUGGUGUGGUUCGCUUCAGAGGAAUUCGAAUUGGUGGCUUAUCUGGAAUCUUCAAGUCACGUGACUACAGAAAAGGUCACCAUGAAUUCCCUCCAUACACCGCCGACACGCUUCGCAGUGUUUACCACGUCAGAAACAUUGAGGUCUUCAGAUUAAAACAGAUCCGGAUGCCCAUCGACAUCUUUAUGAGCCAUGACUGGCCUCAGGGGAUCUACCACUACGGCAAAACCGGAGAACUGUUGCGUCAGAAGAAGUUUCUGCGUCAGGAAGUGGAGUCGAACACCUUGGGAAGCCCCGUGGCUGCGGAGCUCCUCGCCCACCUCCAACCCAGCUACUGGUUUUCUGCACAUCUCCAUGUGAAGUUCACCGCCGUUAUGCAGCAUCCGCCCAAAGGAAGUGCUGCACCACAUUCAACCAAGUUCCUGUCCCUGGAUAAGUGUCUGCCCCACAGGGAGUUUCUGCAGAUUGUUGACAUCCCGGAGAGGCCAGGGUCAUCUGAGGGUUUGGAAUAUGAUCCAGAAUGGCUGGCGAUCCUGAAGGCCACAGACAGUCUGCAGAGGACCAGCGCUCAACCCUGGAACCCCCCAGAGAAUAAUGGCCUGCACCAAAGGUGGGACUUCAGUGUUUCAGAAGCAGCGAUGAUGGCAGUGGUGGAGGACCUCAGUGGUGAACUUUCAAUCAUGGACAACUUCAGCCAGACGGUUCCGCCGUAUGACCCCAGUGCGCCCCAGCCCCACACCGCCCCCAGUUACAAGGUCAACCCCCAGACCACGGAGCUCUGCGCCGUUUUAGGUCUCACCGACAUCUACGCCCAGGUCGGACAGGGAAGGGCUGAGGGGAGUCCGGGAGGUGAGGAAUCGGACCUCGACCACAGCGUGAGAAGCACCGACGAGCCCAGCGAGUACCUUACGGACACUUCAGGACUGUCCAGUUCCUUCAAUCCUGAUGAGAUCACCAUUGAGGACGAGUGGGAGGAGGAGGAGGAAACUGACGGGAACGCACUGACAAAGAUGUAUGACCAGUCCGACUGCCCGCCCACGGCCGCAUGGUCUCCCAGAUCCCAAAUCUGACGUCUCCCCGCUGCCCUGCCAUUCUACUCCAGUGGGCACGGAGAGAGUCUGUGUGCGUGGAGAUGGAGAUGCCUCACCGGUGCGCAUCUUAAAGCGCACCAGCGAUGAGAGUGCGCCACCGAACGGCACAGAAACCCCGUCCAGGAUCAAACGCAGGAACCAGGCCAUCUACACGGCGGCUGAGGAUGACCAGAGCUGAAUGUGGUCCUGGAUUUUUUUAAGUUUUUACUUUUUAGACAUCAUCUGUGUCAAACUGUUUUUAAAGAUUUUAAUCUGAACUUUUAGACUCUGUUUUAUGGUUUUUCUAAUUCUGAUUUUGACACCAGCAGUGACAGAAAAACAAACCCGGAAACAUCCCGCUGUUUUAAGAAGAUGGAAGAUUGUGAGUCUGUGAAGAAGCAACAAAGAUCCUGGACUCAGGUCUGCUGGCAGCUUUAUUGGACACCAGAGGUGGUGCUGGGACAUCCACCUCAGUGACCUUUGUUCAUCGCACACAAUCACAGGAUUUAAUACGGAGUGCCAACAAUCCCGUCUGUGUGAGUCCAGAAAGGAUCUGAGGACAUCAGGUCCCAAACACUAACAUUCAGAAAAAUUAAGACAAAAAUAUCACAUUAUGACAAACAGCCUAUAAACUGGACGCCACGGCAACCAAUCACACCUCAACACGGGUCCAGACUAAACGGGGAAGAGGCACUUUUUUUCUUUUUACAUCCUGACUCCUGCUGUCAUUCACAUCCAGUUCAACGGUGUGAAACCAUGAACAUGUGCUCACGUUCAGCAACACGCUGUCACCGCCACUCGUUCACCCGUCAGACUGAAGGCCGCUGAAAACGGCAACAUUAGAACCGCCAAAAACUGGAUCUUUGUACCGUUUACCUGCUGCUGUGCGUCAGCUACAAUCCCGAGUUCACUUAAAGCUGUGUGUGAUUUGAGGUCAUCCUUUUUGUUUUUGCUCAGGUGGAAGGAAUAUCUUUUUGUUUCUUUAGGUAGAAUCGUGACUUUAUGAACCCACAUCAAAGGAACCGAAACCUCCAAAGUGGGUGAACAGCUGCUGGGUAAGGUCAAAGGUUAAAGUAAUUGCAGUGUACAGAUUAGCACUUUCCGCCUGUGUUCAGCUUCUGUUGUCGUAUCUGAACAGCAGCCGCUCCUUAGUUUUAUUUCUGACAUGAAAUGUUAAUCAUCAUGCCGCCAUCGAUCGCCGGUGCAGGUUGAACCCUGUGCAGUGGAAACGGCAUUUUGAUGCAUUGUGGGUAUUUUCAGAAUUGACCAAUCACUGGACAACAGCAGGAAGCGGAACAGGAUUCAGUGUUUCUCUGUAACA